CAGGAUAAAGGUCUCUCACUCUUGUCUCAGCGGCUCGCGUGAUCCUCGUCUCACCCAUGGUGCGCCGAGCUGUGCUCCUGGGUGGGCUCGGGCUUGCAGCACUGCAGGCUGCCGACUUCACCCCUUUGACCGUCCUCAGUGGCCCCAUCAAGUCCAAGAAAGCUGCGCGACCUCCUCGCCAGACCUCCUCGACCUCCACGUCGUCGCGGAAACGAGACGAGCUGUCCGUCUUGGAGGGCGGUGAGGUGGUGCCUCCAAAGGCGGGUCACAAGCACGAGUGUACGCUCAUCUACCUGCACGGCUGUUCCUGCAAUGCAGCUCAGUAUCUGGAAGAUGGUUGGGAGCUGCCCUGGACCGGCCAGGACCGUUGGCCAGGGCUACGAACCGUGCUGCCUGAUGCAAAAGUCAUGAGGCAGCCGUGGGGUGAUCUGGAGCCCAGCUGGCAUGCGUACGUUCGCAGGAGUAGCAACAAGGUCGGAGACUUCAGCACCUUGAAUCAAACUCGAGACCGUUUGGCUCACAUCGUUUACAGCGAGGUGGAGCGGCUGCAUGGUGAAGGCCAUCGAGUCUUUCUGGGCGGCGCAUCACAGGGCUGUACGGUGGCCCUGGACACCUACCUGCUUCAAGCUCGGAAGCUGCUCCUCGGCGGCUUCGUGGGCUCUGUGGGCUUCCUCCCUACGGACCGACAAGGCUUCCGAGGCGCAACCCGAGCGCUGGAGAAGCUCAUCAACAGCCACAGCCAGCGUCAUCGACCGCUUUGGCUGCAAUGCGCCACCGAUGACGAUGAGUUGGUCCCCUGGAGGACGGAUGUGAAGCCAUCGUUGCAUGCUGCCACAGGGCGUUUGCCUGGGCUACAUGUGAAAGAAGUGACAGGGCGCGGGCACAUCUUAGAUGAGUGGGAAGGCGAAUUCGUGCGGAAGUUUUUAGAAGCGCACGCAACGUUCCAGUGAGAGAUGGCGGGCCAGAGGCCAUGGCGAGCUUGGCAUGGGGAAAGCUGUCCAGCUUC